AUGUUCUCCAGCAUCAUUGAGGAGUUUGAAGAUGCGCUAUUGAAGUUGGAGUUGGUGAACAUCAUAGAGAGCAGCACCGAGGAGCAGCUCACUCUGGGGAACCACAGGAAGUUGCAGCUGAUGAUGUGCAACCUACUCUACCCCUUCCUGUCAGGUUACCUUUCUUUGGGCCAGUUCCUGUUGCAGACAAAGCCAGAACCAAUAAGUGAGAAGACUCUACUGCAGGCAGGCCAGGCCAAGAUAGAAGCUGACCUCCACAACGGACACAUUUAUAGUCCGUACUCUCUGUCUCUGGACAUGAUCUCGUGUGCUCUCUCCGCUCUUACCCACCUCAAUGUUCUCUCACGAUCCAGGACAAAUGGAGAUGUGAGGUAUACAGUUCUUCAUGAAAAAUUGAUGCCAAUAGUUAGUGAACUUGAUGAGCUAGUAGUGAGACCCCAAGUCCAAGGAGAUCCGAUGCAGCUCAGUGCCAAACACACCCUGCUAGACCCGGCAGCAACCAGAGCCAAACUGUAACCGCUAUCGCCCACCGUCCUCGUACUUGCUGCACUGUACAUAUUUGUUCAUCGAAAUUUCAUAUUCCAUAAGCUACGUAUUUUAGUUUACCUGUUAGUUGAAACUAGAAACUGUCAAUAAGGUAGUGACUUAAAGUACUGCGCUGUAAAUUUAUUAUGUUUUUGUCCUUUAUAUUGUAUAAUAUAAAUUUAAUUGAGCUCAAGAGCUCAGGUUAAUUUCUUUACCAAAUGUGUCGUAACACGAUCAAAAUGUUAAAUUAUUUUAGUUCCUGUUCAUUAGAUCAAAAACUACCCUACUUAUGUAUGUAUAGAGUUUUAAAAACUAAAUUUAAUCAAAGAAAUUGUAAUUUAAAUUUAUUUAUACAGUUAUCUUGCAACGAAAAUAAUUUUGCUUUUGAUGUGUCUUUUUAUUAGUAUUUCAUAGCAAAUAGUAAUUGUUUUAAACAUUCAUAUGUUACAUUUUUUCCCAUUCUUCUUAAAAAUUGGAUGAAGUUAAGAUGUACAUUCCGUGAAAAAUAGAAAAAAAUAAAAAAUCUGCAU